AUGAUCCUGCUCGUUGGCAGGCUGUACGACUUGUGGCUUAUGCUAAGCGUUAAACUAUUUUGGGUUCUGAAAGAACUUGAUGACAACGCCCCUGAAGUCCGUGCUGCCGCUGUUUACGCUUUGGGAUGCCUUGUGAAGAAUCGUUCUGAAACAAAUGAACACGCAGCAACGAUUGACCAGGAAAUAUGUGACGACUUGUGCAAUAAGUGUACAAAAGAUGGAUCUGUUCUUGUACGGGAAGAACUACUAGUUGCCCUACAGUGGUACAUCAUUGACUUCGAGCAACGGUUCGCAAAAAUUUUCUGGGAUUUGUCUGAGAAUCUUGGCAUUGAAAUGAUCCCCGAUAAGCAAGAGGACCACUUUGAGCACAACGCGAACGAUAUUGCAGCCACAAUCAGAAAUAACGAUUCAAAUGGACCUAUGUCUAUGUACACAGGAGGAGGUAGGAAGACAUCUGUGUACAGAAAGAUGCAGAGAAACGAGGUUACGGCGAUUGAGGAGGUAUGUGGAGCACUUGUUUGUUGUUUUCUAUCCUAUUGA